AUGGCCGACAUGGCUGCCGUCGAUGAGAAGCUCUCUCCUGGUCACGAUGACCUGCAACAGCCCGGCAACGGUCCUGAUGCCCGCGGUACCAAGCGCGGCCGCAUGAGCGCCGAGGACGACGACGACGAUGAUGACAAGCCCGGACGUGAGCGCCGCAAGAUCGAGAUCAAGUUCAUCCAGGACAAGUCGCGUCGUCACAUCACUUUCUCCAAGCGAAAGGCUGGUAUCAUGAAGAAGGCCUACGAGCUGUCGGUCCUCACCGGCACCCAGGUUCUCCUCCUGGUCGUCUCCGAGACCGGCCUCGUUUACACGUUCACCACCCCUAAGCUGCAGCCUCUCGUCACCAAGGCCGAAGGCAAGAACCUCAUCCAGGCAUGCUUGAACGCUCCCGACCCGACCACCAGCGAGAAUGGCGUCGACGCCGGCGAUGUCCCGCCCGAGGCGCCUGAGGAUGUGGCUCACAACAACGUGAACGCGCCCCAGAACAGCAUGCCCCGUCCCGGAAUGCACCCUGGCUACAUGACCAACGAGCAGCAGCAACAGAUGGCCUACUACCAGAACCUCCAGCAGCAACAGCAGGCCGGUGGCCAAUACCCCGGCAUGCCCGUGGGCAACCGCAUGCCCCCGCAGCACCAGCCCACCGCAUAA